GACGAUGACGAUCAAGGAUCCCUCAGAGACCUUUUGGACUCAAGCAUAGGUAAAAAAAGACAUAAAAUCAUAUUUUCAUCGGUAUUCUAUCCCCCUGCACCUCCCUUAUUUAAUGGAGAAAAAAGAUGAAAAUUUCAACAGAAUGGUCAAUCUCUAGCAUUUUCUCACGGAUGUCUUAUAGAACCACGCAACAGAGGAUAAUUAUAGUGACAAUAAACAAUGUCACAAUUUAACAUGUUUGGUAGAUUCAAUUGAACCUUUAUUCAGAAUUUUAUCCAGAGACUCAAACGUUUCAUUAGAAUUGUUCAGUAUACAUAUAGUACAUAGUGCUAAAGAGGAAAGCACUGCUCAGUAUCUAGUUUUCCUUUAGGAGUAAACGUCCCUGUUCAUAAGUCUGGAUUAAUUUAUUUUUCUUAGAAAACCUCGCUAAAGCUGGUAAAGCGAUUCAAGCUAUUUUAGAUGCUACAGGAACAAGGAGGGGUAAGAUUUUUACUAUAGUAUUAGUGUUGCUUUUAAUUGUUCGUUCAGAACAGUUCUGUGUCACACUUCAAAAAUAGUAAGGUUUUAUCACCAGUCUUACUCUCCAAUGAGCUCUAUAAACAAGUGUAGGAAAUCUGUCUCUUGUCUUUGUUUGCAUUGUUGGGAAGGUGAAAUAAUUCAGUGCCUUACCUUGCAUACGAAUUGUCAAAUUCGUCCCCAAGGCUUUUUUCUUAGAAAAUGGAAGGGAUGAGCAAACGGAAAAGCCCUGGUGACGAGGAUGGCGCACUGGCCGGUUGAUCUCGAGUUUGUCCCCACCCAUCGUUCUUGCCAUCAAGGGGAACACUUUUUCUCUCCACCUUUUCGUUUGUUUAUAUUUUCUUUGAAAUAAACAAAGUAAUUAUUUUUAAAACAAAUCGGAGUCUUAAUCUAAGAACUGAAUUAAGAUUUUGACCAUUUGAAUCCUAGUUAGUCAAACCUGCGCUGGUUCCUGCCCAGAUGUCUGUGCUCCAGGCUGCCAAUCAACAUGCUGCAACACUCCACCAUCUAGUCCCAUGUCUCAGGUAGCAGGUCAAGUCCCCUAUCCUUCCCCGUACCAACAACAGUCACCUUACGGAUACCCGCAACAGCAACAGUACCCUCAGAUGCCACAGCCACAGUAUCUUCCAAUGCCACAGAUGGCCCAACCACAGCAGCUAGCCCCAUACCCUCAGCAACCUAGAGCUGGACAAUGUCCUCAGCAAUGUUCUGCAGCACCUUGUCCCAGCGCCUGUCCUUCGACUUGCUGCAGUUCACAGCCCCAGUACCAACCACAGGCUGCAGGCGGCAUGAUGGGUGCACCACAGUACCUUGAAUUACCUCCAGCUACACCUAAACCAAAUGUCACGCAGUCUUCAAGCUGCGCCUCGCCGUGCUCACAGUCAUGCGCUCCUGCUUGUCAACCAAGUUGCUGUUCUGGAUCAAUGGGCAUGCCCAUGGGAAUGCCGUUUCCACAGCAACAACCUAUGAUGCCUGUCAUGCCCCAGAUGCCCCCAACGCCUCCGAUGCAACAACAGCAAGCAUGUCCACAAGCCUGUCAACCAGCUGCACCUGGUGGAUGUGCACCGCAGGCUCAAUGCCCCCAGCGCUGCUGUCAAAACAGACGAAGAUAA